AUGUCCAAAAACAAGCAAACCAGUUCCCAGAACAAUCUGUUCAAUUAUUUUCGACCGAAAGCAAAUGUUGCCAAAUCCGAAGUUUCUUCACCCGAUCCGAAAAUUUCUCAGGAGUUCCGGAUCAACGACGACGGUGAGCCAUCCAGAAAAACAACAUCAGAUUCAAUAUUCCAUUAUCUGGUGCAUGGAGUGGUUCAUCAUUCAUUUUCGCUAAAUGAAAAGCCACUCCAUCCGUGGAUUCUUGUUCGGACAGAAGGAUGCAUCCUAGCAGCGCACUGUAAUUGUGCUAUUGGUAUUCUCGAAGCAUGCAGUCAUGUAGGUGCAACCCUUUUUGCUUUGGAUGGAAUCCGAAAUGCCAUCACCGAAAAAAAGCUUUCUGUAACCGAUCUACCUGCUUACUGGAAGACACCCCCCACAUCAAUAACGACUGAUUUAUAUAAAAAGGUACGCGAUAUAGAUUUUGGACGAAAGAUACGGCGAAUACAUCCGUGCAGACGAUCCGACUCUUCCAGUGGUACACGUCAAGUGGCACUAUUAGAAGCUAUUCAAAAAGACAAUUUGAACGUUGCCGCUGUCAUGCAGUUCUGCGGUGAGGCAGAUUUCAAUUUUAAAUGCUCGACUUGUGCGGAAAAUGACAGAAUAGCUGAAGGAUUGGAGAGUUACAAUCUACGUUCCCUGUUUCAACAACUGUAUUCGUCUGAAAACCUACCUAAUUUGAGGAGAAUAGCUGAUGACGUGUACAGAAACUUGAGACGAGACCCGGAAAAAUUAAAAGCAAUUGAAUCUGUUACACAGGAGCAGAGUCACUGCAAGUGGUGGUUAUUUUUUCGGAGUGGACGUAUCACUGCAUCGAUCCUUAAGGAGGUUUGCCAUACAUCGAUUUUAAAACCAUCCAUUACCCUAAUACGUAAAAUUUGCUACCCGGAAAUUGUUGAAUUUUCCACACCUGCGACCAGAUAUGGAAAGAAACAUGAAGAUGAAGCUGUUAACGAGUUAUACUAUGCCGUGUCGGAACUUCACAACAAUUUAACCAUUGAAAAAUGUGGAUUGAUAAUUUCCAAUGAAGAACCAUGCCUCGGAGCUACUCCUGAUGCGAUUUUCCGAUGUACUUGCCACGGAACAAUUGUAAUUGAAGUGAAGUGUCCUUAUACUGCACGUAACUGUGAAGAUAUUAGUAUUCUGACUCAACUGAAAGAUCCAUACGUGAUAAAAAGUUCUGGGGGGGAGAUUCUACUGAACACAAAACAUAAAUAUUUUCUACAAUCAUUGAUGCAAGUGCAUAUAUGUAACGCAAAUUUUGGUUAUUUUUGUGUUUGGUCACCAAAACAAAAAUAUAUUUUUGAAGUGAAAAGAAAUGAAGAACUUUGGAACUUCCAUAAGGCUAAAGCUACCAGAUUUUUCAAACAAGUAAUCUUACCUGAGUUAAUGUCAAAAUGUUAUACUCGAACUACUAAUUGACCAAAACGAAAACCAAAA